AUCGAAUGGUGCAAGUUCAUAACACCUUGAAAGUGAACAUGGAGUUGUUUGGGAGGUACAUACUUCAGACGCAGGAAAUAUUAGAGGUGAAGUCUUUCAACAGCCAAAACCAAAUUGUUGAUCAAUCAAACAACCUUGAAGAGGUUUAUAGGACAUUCGUCGACACGUUGUCUGCAAAAGCUGUGGAAUUUCAAGAACGCGACUCAGGUUGGACUCUGGAGAAAGUUGUUUUUAUCGAAGUAAACAUCAACAAAUAUAGUCCUCUCAGUGGAUCCUCCUACAUCAAGCUUCCAGAAUUCAUCGCUUUGAAGAGGGCAGUAGUUAAUGUGAGAAAUGAAGACCAUUUUUGCUUCGCUUGGGCGGUGACAUCAGCUCUGCGACCAGCGCAAACUAGAACUUCUGAAGUAGGCUCAUAUCCAGACUUCAGAGAUGUACUUAAUGUUGAAGGUAUAGAUUUUCCCAUGAAAUUACGUGAUAUUCCACAAUUUGAGAAUAUGAAUGAUUGUUCAGUCAAUGUUUAUGGGUUAGAAACAACUUUUGAAAACAACAAACCGAAAUAUGAAAUUGUGGGUCCUCUUUAUUACGCACGGCGGAAACUCGGUCGCCAUGUAAAUUUAUUGAACAUCACCGAUGAAUCUAGUAAUAGCCACUAUUGCUGGAUAAAGGAUCUAUCAAGGUUAGUUUCAUCACAAAUUUCAUCCCACGGGCAUAGAAUGUAUUUUUGUGAUGGUUGUUUGAUGUAUUUUUCAGACGAACGCAAAUUAUUACGACAUCAGUUGAAUGAUUGCAAUUUUAUUUGUACCACCAUUCCCACAACGCAAAUCAAAAUUGAUAAAUGUGGUAGGGCCAUACCGGAAAAUAUAUUAAAAUUUGAAAAUUUUGAAAGGCAGUUGAAAGUCCCCUUCGUGGUAUACGCUGAUUUUGAAUCAAUUCUGAAGCCUAUACAUACAAAUGAACCGGAUCCAAUACGUUCCUUCACAAAUAAAUCAUUUAUUCACGAGCCAUACUCAUUCUCAUACCGAAUUCGUUGUUCUUUCGAUGAUUCAGCCUCCAAAUUUGUUCUUUAUCGUGGGGAGGACGCUGCCAAAGUAUUUGUAGCCAGGCUGGAGUCUGACCUGAGGGCCAUCUACUAUACAUAUUUGAAUCGUAUCGUGCCAAUGAAGCCAUUAACAGUAUCAGAGGAGAAUGAAUUUUCAACUGCUAAUAGUUGCGGUAUUUGUGAGAAACCCUUCGAAUUGGGUGGCGUCAAAGUGAGAGAUCAUUGUCACUUGACGGGAAGGAAAAGAUAUGGAGCUGCACAUUCCCCAU